AUGAUGAACUCGUUCGAGUACAUCCGGACCACGGAAAACGAUAAGUUUGCCACCAACAAGUACAAGGUGCGUAAUGAGGACGGCUAUCUGGUGGGGAUGAACGUGUACCCUCUGGCAGCAGAAGCUCUCGCUCAUCUCAAGUUGCUCAGAGCAUUCGAAGUAAUGAAGACAAAGGUGUUGCUGAAGUCUGAAGGGAACCCUGAAGACGUCUGGCGCGUGUACAUCAACAACGCGUGUCGACGUUACGUCAUGUUCGUGUCACUGAUGCUUGCCGUCCACCAGCAGCCAACAUCGUUCAACGAGUUCUCCCUGAUAGACCGGGCAUUAGUUGUCGACCCUCGCUUCAUCAAACAAUACGAUGCAUUAUUGCCGCCGUUGGAUGUUGUGUAUGUGUGGUAUUCAUUCAUGCAGUUUCCGGGUCGUUAUUACGAUACUUUUAUCAAUACUUGGGUCAUGGCCUUCGCGUAUUUUCCAUUGCCUCUAAAGCGCUUGGCUCGUGCCAUUGACGACUUUUCGUUCGAGUAUCGUCCCUCCCCUGAGGAGCGCAGUCGGUACUUCAAAUUCAUGGGCCGUUUAAGCGAGGAUCCCGCAGAUCAUGUGUUUGACGUGUAUGAGAUGCUGGUGUUUGAAAGUGUGGUUCUGCUUAGAUGCCCUUACUGUCGGCAAACUUUGGCUACCGACAUCCCUUUAACAACUCGCAAGCGCACUGGUUUCUCUGAUCCCGGAUUUUGCUACGCAAAACCUGCAGCAUCUAAGUGCCGUUGUCCAUACUCGACUAUCACCCAUGAUGAGUUGAGAAAGUGGCAAUUGCUUUGGGGUCUCACCCAUCCUUCGCCACUCAAGGGGAUAUUCAAGCAUUAUACUGAGGUCUUUCAUGCCUCCAAGGACGCGUUGCUGAUUGACGACCAAAUUAAGGAAGUAGCUAAUGACCUGGGGGUUAUUGAAUUAACCAACUUCCAAGCAAUGACCCCUAACCAACUCAUCCUGCGUAUGAUCAACUACGCGAAGAAUCAAGGUGACCUACAACUAGCCGAACGCAUCCACAAAGUAUUGCUGGUGUACGCAAAAACUCACUUGGUGUAUCUCACCGCUGACAAGUGUAUCCUGGAAAUAGUGGUCGAUCUUGUCAAAAUGUGCUACCAAGUAGAGCCGUUCAUCGACCGCAUGAAUAAAUUGGACUGGCUUCAUCUGAAGUACUACAAAGGUAUUAUGCAUGACGCUCGGAAACGCUACACGAACUUCGUUUCCCUUGCGAAAAAGCUGGGAGGAUUUGUGCUAGCUCCUACGCUUGACAUCGAUCUUUUCUGGCGUACACACCAAAUAACGGGAUAUUUCUACAUGUUGUUAUCGAUAAACCCUCUCAAUUUUAUCUUUGACAUUAUGGAGGAUGUCACUGAGCAAGAUAUUCCCAACGUUUUUGAGGGCACCGCUAGCCUUUACGAACGGUUUACCCGCCACGAAUAUACCACAUGUUACUGUGAUCAUUGUUGUGCCUCAAAAUUCCCUGCUAGUUCCCUGCCAUCCUCGCAUACCCCUAAACGUUCGUGUAUCAUGCCGCCCGAGUCGCUGACAGACUGUGGAUGCUAUGGACAGUAUGAAUGCGGUGGUGGUCCUAGUGUAAGAUGCGGCGCGUUGAACAUUGGCGAUAAAUACGAUAUGGAAUAA